AUGGCAGCCAAGACUUGGAAUGUGGCCAGAGCAGAGGCCCCGCAGCCCCAGAAGCACUACUACAGGCAAUGUGCUGGCUCCAACCCCAUGGCGGACCACACACUGCGCUAUCCUGUGAAGCCAGAGGAGAUGGACUUGUCUGAGCUAUACUCAGAGUUCUUCGCUCCACUCACUCAAAAUCAGAGCCACGAUGACCCAAAGGGUAAGAGAGAAAAGAGAGCUCAGGCCCAAGUGGAGUUUGCAGACACAGGCUGUGGCUAUGGUGGCCUACUAUCUGACAAAGAUGUUCCUCCUCUUCCCCAACCCACAUUUCAAGCAGACAAAGCACAAGUGGCGAAUCAUCCAUCCCACCCUGCUAGCAAAAUGUGCCUAUGUGCUGAGAGUUGGGGGACUGGUAUAUACCAUAACCUAUGUGCUGGAGCUACAGGACUGGAUGUGCACUCAUUUUGA